AUGGAGGCUAGAAUGUUCUCUCAAGGAGGACGGGCGGUGGACAAUACAGGAUACAGCCAGUUCAUAGAGGAGCUGAAGGUGCUUUACGCGCAAUACUGGCCGGAGGACGCAGGAGCACUGUAAGGAGAAACAGAGAUAGAAUCUCUCUGCCAGGCCGUACAGGGACACUAAUGGUAAUGAUAAAGGAGUCAUUCCAGAUGGACUUAAAGAGCUGUUGAUGGCGGUCAGCACCAUUCCCAUUUCCAGUGCAGAAUGCAAGCGGCGAUUUUUUCAAAUGAAUCUGAUUUGCACCUAAACCCGCGCCUCUCUGCAUACCUCCACCAUAUCAGGGCUACUCUUUCUGAACCUUAUUGGCCCACCCCUGACCAAAUUCAACCCAGUCCCCUAUGUGAGGUCAUGGAUUGCUAAAGGACACAGCUGUGUCACAGACACCAGGAGCAAAACAAGAGAUAGGGAGGAGAAGACGCACCAGGAAAUGGCUGUGUUGUGGGAAGUUUUGGAAAACUAAGGUACGAACAUAUUUUUCCUUUACAUACUUGUUCUGUACUGUGAAGUUCAUCUGAAUAUGCACUUCAUAUUAUCACAUAGGCAGGAGGCCUAUAUAUUAUAAUAUGUGUUCUGCUUUAGCCUACAUUGAUAUAUUUUAUUUGAAGUAUAUUCUGAUAUCAAAUAAAAUGAUUUUGAUAUGUUUGUUCUACUGCUACAUUGAUGUCUUGAAAAGUAUAUGAAAUUCGAGUAUUAUAAGCCCCACAGCUGAGUAUGUGUGCAUAUUGCAGGUGUUCUGCAGUGACGCCUAAAAAUGUUGCUGUACAUUAAUGUCUUGAAAAUUAGGCUAUAAGAAAUUCCGACUUGUAAGCCCCACAGCUAAACUAGAGUACACUCUAACAAGUAAAGGUUCCUGGAGGAUUCUUUAGGGGUUCUUCAAAUUGAAACUGUGGGGGAACCCCUUUUAAUGGAUCCUCGAAUAAUCUUUUGAAGAACCUUUUGGGGUUCAUUUUUUAACUACCCCCCCCCUAUUAUUAUUGUUAAUAUGCUUAACAAUAACAACAAUAACACAAUAUCUUAAUUGUCAGUGUUUAUUAUGAUUGUAGUUGCAAAGCAGAAUAAAAAAAUCAGAAUAUGAGGAAAAACUCCCAGCAGAGCCCCAAGUCCAAUGGGUAUAUCCUCUGGCAUGUUGAUGUUAAUGUGUUGAUGUACUCCGUAUCCAUAACCAGAAUGAUUUUGCAGUGCAUGGUGAUUGAACAGGUUUCCUGUUAUAUUCAUCAGAGGUGUAGGGAGGGUGAAGUCUGUGAAUCCAAAAAAUAGUAGUUAUACAGACGAUUAAUAAAACAUGCACACGACAAUAUUCAUACCUUGGUUUCUGUGGUAAAUGUGAAUGAAAAAAACGUUUUAAUAAUGGUUUUCAUACACAUGCCUUGUCAAUAAUGUAGAGGCCUAUGGGAUAUUCAUUUGAAGAGGUAAGGGAGGAUCAUGGUAAAUCUGAUCUGCAUAACAUACCGAUACCAAUUUACAUACCUUUGUAUGCCUCCUCGUCUGUAUGCAUCCUAUGCCUACAGACACAAAAGUGAGCAGUUCAGUCAUCUGCACCCAAUACAGCUAGCCUUCAACAUAUUCUUAUAGCCUACAGUACAGAUUCUUACCUCUUUGUUGAUUGAUAUCCAUUGAAUUGUGUCCAUUUUCUGUUUUAGAAAGAUUUGCACAAAUAUGAAAAGAUGGAUAGAGUCAUCAGAAAACAAUAUCCAUUUAAAUCAUACAAGGGACAAACCUUCAAAUUCAAAUCCAAAUGUUUCAGUUGGGCAGUUAGGUUCCUGCAAGAACCCCCACCAACUAAGGAGGUUCCUCGAUGAAACCCAACCUCCUAUGGGGUUCUUGGAAGAACCUUUUGGGGGCAAUUUUCAGUGCCAAGAACCCUAAGGUUCUUCGAAGAACUUUGAAGGUCUUAGAAGAACCCUUGUUGAACCCCUAAUUUUUAGAGUGUACCUUUUGUAUGCCUCCUCAUCUGUAAACCUACAGACACAGACACAAAAGUGAGCAGUUCAGUCAUCUGCACCCAAUACAGCUAGCCUUCAACAUAUUCGUAUAGCAUACAUAUUCUUACCUCUUUGUUGAUUGAUAUCCAUUGAAUUGUAUCAAUUUUCUGUUUUAGAAAGAUUUGCACAAAUAUGAAAAGAUAGAUGUAUCAUCAUAAAACAAUAUCAAUUUAGAUCAUACAAGGGACAAACUUUACCUUAAAUUGUGGAGAUGUUUACAGUUUUCAGUUAAGUUCCUGCACCUGUUGUCAUUUCAAAUUCAAAUUCAAAUGUUUCAUUUGGGCAGUUAGGUUCCUGCAAGAACCCCCUCCAACUAAUGAGGUUCCUCGAUUAACCCCACCUCCUAUGGGGUUCUUGGAAGAACCUUUUAGGGGCAAUUUUCAGUGCCAAGAACCAUAAGGUUCUUCGAAGAACUUUGAGGAUCUUAGAAGAACCCUUGUUGAACCCCUAAUUUUUAGAGUGUAUGUGGGCAUAGUAUAUGUUUGAGACCAACGCGUGGCUGUGUGAGAAACGCGCCAGUAUCUCUCACAUAACUAGAAUGAGAUUCACUUUCUAUGAUCUCUCUCCCUCUCUGCUCCGAUAGACAUGAGCCUGAACUCUCAUCUCUCAAGCGUUGCACUUAAUCAUUUAUUUAGACUCUAUGCUGUAGGCCACCAAAAUAUUUGAUCAACUUCCAAAUAUUGUUUUAUGAGAGAGAGAGAGAGAGAGAGAGAGAGAGAGAGAGAGAGAGAGAGAGAGAGAGAGAAAGAGAGAGAGAGGGGCUUUUGGCACAAGUGCAUCGGCCAUCACCAGUGAGUGAGCUGCGCAUCAUUGGGUGAGUCAGUGAAACUGGAAAGCAUUUUUAGGACUAUAAUUUCUUCCUCAUAUUGUAGCCUACAAUAUGUCUCCACCAGUGGAGGCUCCUCAGAGGAGGAAGGGGAGGACCAUCCUCCUCAGUGAAUUUAAUAAAAAUGUAAAUGGUAAAACAUUAAAAAAGUUAUCCUUUUUAGAUAAAACUAUACUAAAUAUAAUCACGUCACCAAAUAAUUGAUUAAAACACACUAUUUUGCAAAGGUCUACAGUAGCCUCAAAAGCACUCUGUAGGGUAGCACCAUGGUGUAGCCGGAGGAUAGCUAGCUUCCGUCCUCCUCUGGGUACAUGGACUUCAAUUCAACACCUAGGAGGCUCAUGGUUCUCACCCGCUUCCAUAGAUUUACGCAGUAAUUAUGACAAAAAUAAUCGUCCUCCCUCAUCUUAAAUGGCACUGACCGCCAAUGGUCUCCACACACCUAUAGGCCAAGGCUAUUGAUGGAUUCAAGACAGUCGUUUUUAUUGAUCUCUGAUUCUCAGUUUGUCAGUGUCAAAGUAGUAAAAUGUCAAAUGUAAAUGUAUUAACAAAGAUUCUGCCGAAGUCUCCAGUCAUGUAAAAUGACAUAGAAUUGCAUGAAGUGCGUUUAUAAAAGGCCAACAUUUUCCCGGACAUUAUGCCACUAAAAAUGUACCCAAUGUGUGCAACUUCUGUAAGUGCCUCUACUCUACUGCUCUAUGCCACUAGGCAAAUGCAACGAUAUGAAUGCAAUGCUUUAUUAUAAAGGGGGAAAAAAUUAUUCAUGCAUUCCGGUACCUCAGAACUCCCCAGGUCACCCCCUCUCGUGUUCACUGUUUGUUCCGGCACCUCCCGAUUUAGAAAUGAACCACUGGUUAUAGUAUUUCUAAGUGGCAGCCAUAUAAUAGGCCCGGGAAACUAAUUGUUCUCACUUUAUGAUAGAACAUUCAGAUUUUUCUGCCUGACUGUGGCGCUCUUUACUUGAAUUGUUAGGAUGUUCUGCUGAUCACACUACUUAUUUUUGCUCAAAUAGAGAUAUAAUUAAAUGGUGUUUUCUUUGAAAAAAUGGGCCUGGCUGAGAAUAGAACAUUCCGUUUUCUGCCUGAGUGUGGCAGUGUUUACUGCAAUUUUCUGGAUUAUCUUCUGAUCAGAACAUAACAAAUGAUUUUACUCAACUAGAGACUUAAAUAAAUGGUGUUUCUUUAAAAGAUGGUCCUGGUUGACUGUUUCCUCACCUUAUUCUCCUUGUGGUUAACCAUGGUUGUUGGUUAUUUACCAGGUAACAAGAGGUGAAAACGAAACAAGGACUGAAGCAAUAGACUCCUUAUUUUACUGAACUAGAGAUUGUUUCUUUGAAAAGAUUGGCCUGGCUGACAUGAAAAAUACAUUAAGGGGAAAGGAUCCACAGACACAGAGGAUGCUUAUCUUUUGUUAGUCAUUUAGCAGACGCUCUUAUCCAGAGCGAUGCACAUCACUUUAUUUGCAAUGCUGGCUGACAUGGUUUACACAAACGCAGGACAUUGAUUGCUACCUGAAUUGACUCAGAAAAGUAACAUAAGUAGGCCUACAGUAUCACAGCGAGGUCAAACAGGUGUGUGUGUGUUACAAGCUAGCAUCCACCGAGCCGAUGGGAAAAGUGUUCUGUUGCUAUGUUUCAUCCUACAUUUAUAAGAUUAAAAACUACAUUUAUACUCUGAAUUAGCCAAUAAAACAUACAGAUUAUGAAAGCAAAGACAUUGUUUUGUUAAAACCAGAUGAAACCAAAAAAAACAGCGAAAAAUCUCAAUUUUGACAAACACCAUUUAUAUGCAAAUUAGCCAUAGCGACUUCCGACUGAUUAUGAUAGAGCGCGUCACAUAUGUUAAUGUUCAUUUGUAAAAUAAAUGACAAACUACACUUUGGUGUUAUAACUAAAUUCAUCACUGAAAUGAUGAUAUUCCCAUAAUAUAAAUGUAUACAGUACAGUAGCUAGACAAACGAUAGCCAGUUUGCUGUGCGUCACAUCCGGUGGAAUAUUCUAGUGGAUUCUUCGUGGGACUUUAAAAGCAGGCGCGCUGAGACGCAGACUGAGAUGCUUUUAACAGGUGAAUCACUGAAACGUUAUUGGGAUGCAAUAAACAACCACUUUGUACACAUGAAGAAGUAACUAUUACAGAAGAGAGAUUCAUUUAAUACGAUUGCUUAGUUCCAUUGAAGCCGUGUCAAUCAUUUGCACUAUUUCAGCAUCAUCUUUAGGUCCUUCCAGGUAAGUCAGACUGUUUAAAUUAUCCUCAUAUCAGUUUACAUAGUGCGCAGAAAACCGAUUGUUGACAUCCAUAUGGAAUUAUUAUAAGCAUUUCAGUAAAUUAUAUUUAGAAAGGCUAUGGGUUGUGGAUUUUGUCCCCUAAAUGUGUGACGCACUUUGUAUAAAAUAAAUUGCAGCAACCAUUUUGUUUUUGUAUUUUUUUAAAUAAUUGUAUUUUUUUUAAAGACAUCUACUGUGAGAAUGAUGCGUUUAACGCACGAGUUUACACAUUUCAUAGGCUACACUUACAAAAAAGAUUGCAGUUUUGAAACUAGUAAAAGUGCAGUAACUGCAGUCGACGGUGGUAUUUUGGACGCAGUAAUUGCAGAAAACUGCAGUUCUAGUGCAAAAUUACUGCAGUAAAAAAAACGUAUUUUGGACGCAGUAUUUGUAACAUACUGCAGUUAUACGGCACUCUUUUUUUUGUAAGGGGUAGUAAGGAAUUUGGGUAGUUGCGCGUGGCUAUGGUACUGAAGAAACUGCGUAGUGUGCGCACACCAUAGAGAUAGGUAGAGGACUCAACUUGAAAAUAAGACGUUUUAAGCCAUUGAGGGCUUCCACAAUUUUAUAGACAACUGGGUGGGGAUUCCUAUGGGUUGGGAGCUAUCAGCCAGUAGGCAGGUUUCCAUCGACUCAAGCUUAUUCGACAAAAUCAAUGUUGCAACAAAGUAAUUGCAAAGUGUAAUGAUAGAGGAUACAUUUUUAUCCAUUUGACAAGGGUGGAUUUCGUUUUGUGAAGCUUUUUUUUAUUGCGACAAAUUAUGAUGGAAACUGUUUUUCUAAUAAAUGAUGAUUGCCGAAUAAUUUUGAAGGUACCCGAGGCACGUGAUGUCACUAUAAAGCUCCACUCUACAUUUAAUUCUAAAUGUCUUCUGCUUGCAAAAUCUAUUUUUCAAUCUAUUUUUUUCUCGGUGUGAAGUCGUUACGUCUAGCUGUUUUUAUCAACACACGAUAGUUAAAUGGAAACGCACCCAAGCAGGCAAUUGUCGCAUCUAUUUUCUAUGCAAACGUUCAAAAUAUUAACAACUGAAAUCACUGGACAAGUUCAUGGAAACAUAGCUACUGAUCAGAGCAUUGUCUUCUUCUUUAAAUUGGGUGCUAUGGUUUGUAAAUGGCUUUCAGCUAUACCACAGCAAUCUAGUGGCCAUAAUAAAUGAAUGACACAAUAUUUGGUUCAGGACUCCAGCACUACAGGUGGUGGUAAAUCACCAAUAUUAGCUUGACACUUUUUUUAUAAACACAAAAAAACUAGAAACGGUUAUACUUUUAAAGGCUGUGUCUGCGGAUCCGACUUUUUCAGUGUCUUUAGUCCGCCAGACUUAAGAUCACAAAGCUUCUGCGCAUGUGUGGAUAACAUUCUGUGUGUAUUCUCUACUUUACGCAUAGAGAACAGGCUACUCAGGCGAAUGGUGCUCGUUUAAUAAAGUUAGAUCAAAGCUGAAUCAAUGUCUGCAAGAUCACAUAAUGAUUAAUGAGUAUUCUACAUAACAGAAAAGAAUAGCAUAGUAUAAGGUUUGGCUACUGUAAGACAAAAACACCACCACGUUUUUCUCUCAUGGCCAAAACUAAAAUUUAAAGAUUCUGAAAAAGUUGGAUCCACAGCCACUCCGUACUUUAAAAUGGAGAGAGCCUCAAUGUCAGACACCAUAAUCGCAUUGAUACAAAAAUGAGGCCUCUUUCCAACUCUAUGGGGCACACCCGCUGGCUCAACCAAUAGGAUCAACCAAUAGCAUAGGUGAGCGCACUGACUGCCUUGUGAUCCAUGGCGUUGUAGCUAAAUAAUCUAGUACUUUAAGUGUGUAGGAUCUUGUACUACAGUUAUGUAGUUAAUUAACUAGAAUUAUUGCUUUUGAAAUAGAUUUUCCUUUGAAAAUGACAAUCUUAUUUAUGAGUGUAUUUGACUAGACUAGAUAACGCUGUUAUAGCUUUGUAUAUGACUAGGCUACUGUGAGCCUAGUCAUUUUUGUGAAUGUAUGAGCUUCAGACAUGCAUUUUAAUUUCCAAGAUAUUGGUGGGUGAUUGAGGUAUUGCAGGCAUACAGUGUUAAUUUAUGCCUAUCAGAGUCCAUUCCGAUAAUGAUUAGAAGAUCGCUCUGUCAAUUAUCAACUGCAGAGGAUUAAACCAGUAGCGCUAAUUGUUUUGUAGCAUACCAUAAUUGCCAAAUAUAGACAUGGCUUAAAACCCUCAAGCUCUAAAUAAGACAUGAUUUAUUGCCAUUAGCUAUUAUAGCAGUCAUUUUUGUUACUUGUUAUGAAGUUGAUAAUGACAUUAAGACUGACGGAUGGCCUAAUGAAAAUAAAGUUCAAUCAAAAUGCAGCAAAUUGUUUGCAUGUCAUUGAUGUUCAAUCAGUCAGGCAUUCCUAGACAGAUGUGACCUGCCCAGUGGGGCAACUUCAAAACAGUCUCAACUUUCCCAAUUGCUCUUCACCUGGCCCUGGCAAUAGAGCAACUUUUAAUGUCAAUCCAACUCAUGCAUAAGGCAAGUGGAUGGGCCAGUUACCUGGACACAUUUUAAGUCUAGUUGUGGACUGAAAAUGCUAUUUUAAGCUCUUAAGUAUGCUUUUCAGUCCAGAACUAGGUUUAAUCUGUUUCUGGGAAACAGUCUCUAAAUGUUGACUGUUUUCCAGCUGCUGUGCUGUGGGCAGACUGACGCAGAGAGUACCAUGAUUCUGCUGACUCCAUCCUCUGGUAAGUGCUUAUUGCUGGAUGCCCCUGGACAAAUGUGCAUGACAUGGUUGUGAAUAUCUGUGUCAACACUAGAGCCAAGGCCUGGUAAGAAUCAUGUAAAACUGGGUGUGAGUGUAGUUUUUUCACAACUGAUAUCAGUUUUUUUUCUUGUACUUAUACUAGCUUAGAGUUAUAUAGCAAGUUGUCAACUAUGAAAUUAUAGUGGAUAAUAGAUAGUUACUCAUCAACAUUUAAAUCUAUAACUAAAUGUUAAUGCAGGUUGUAUGUGAUUAGGUUCACUACCCGUCAAAAGUUUUAGAACGCCUACUCAUUCAAGGGUUUUUCUUAAUUUUUAAAAUGUUCUACAUUGUAGAAUAAUAGUGAAGACAUAAACUAUGAAAUAACACCUAUGGAAUCAUGUAGUAACCAAAAAAGUGUUAAAACAAUCAAAAUAUAUUUUAUAUUUGAGAUUCUUCAAAUAGCCACCAUUUGCCUUGAUGACAGCUUUGCACACUCUUGGCAUUCUCUCAACCAGCUUCAGCUGGAAUGCUUUUUGAAGGAGUUCCCACAUGCUGAGCACUUGUUGGCUGCUUUUCCUUCACUCUGCGAUCUGACUCCUCCCAAACCAUCUCAAUUGGGUUGAGGUCGGGGGAUUGUGGAGGCCAGGUCAUCUGAUGCAGCACUCAUUACUCUCCUUCUUGGUCAAAUAGCCCUUACACAGCCUGGAGGUGUGUUGGGUCAUUGUCCUGCUGAAAAACAAAUGAUAGUCCCACUAAGCCCAAACCAGAUGGGAUUUUGCGUAUUGCUGCAGAAUGCUGAGAUGGUUUGGGGGGAGUCGGACCGCAGAGUUUAUUUUAUUUUAUUUCACCUUUAUUUAACCAGGUAAGCCAGUUGAGAACAAGUUCUCAUUUACAACUGCGACCUGGCCAAGAUGAAGCAAAGCAGUGCGAUUAAAAACAACACAGAGUUACAUAUGGGGUAAAAAAACAUAAAGUCAAAAAAAUACUACAGAAAAUAUAUAUACAGUGUGUGCAAAUGUAGCAAGUUAUGGAGGUAAGGCAAUAAAUAGGCUAUAGUGCAAAAUAAUUACAAUUAGUAUUAACACUGGAAUGCUAGAUGUGCAAAUAGAGAUACUGGGGUGCAAAAGAGCAAAAUAAAUAACAAUAUAGGGAUGAAGUAGUUGGGUGGGCUAAUUUCAGAUGGGCUGUGUACAGGUGCAGUGAUCGGUAAGGUGCUCUGACAACUGAUGCUUAAAGUUAAUGAGGGAGAUAAGUCUCCAGCUUCAGAGAUUUUUGCAAUUGUUCCAGUCAUUGGCAGCAGAGAACUGGAAGGAAUGGCGGCCAAAGAAGGUGUUGGCUUUGGGGAUGACCAGUGAAAUAUACCUGCUGGAGCGCAGACUAUGGGUUGGUGCUGCUAUGGUGAGAGUGAAGGAAAAGCAGCCAACAAGUGCUCAGCAUAUGUGGGAACUCCUUCAAGACUGUUGGAAAAGCAUUCCAGGUGAAGCUGGAUGAGAGAAUGCCAAGAGUGUGCAAAGCUGUCAUCAAGGCAAAGGGUGGCUACUUUGAACAAUCUGAAAUAUAAAAUAUAUUUUAUUUAACACUUUUUGGUUACUACAUGAUUCCAUAUGUGUUAUUUCAUAGUUUUGAUGUCUUCACAUUUAUUCUACAAUGUAGAAAAUAGUAAAAAUGAAGAAAAACCCUUGAAUGAUUAGGUGUUUAAAACUUUUGACCGGUAGUGUGGAUUGUAAUGUAAUGCUACUAUAAUAUCCUGUUUUAGUUUUUGGAUGUAUUUGUUGUUAGUUUUCAUCAUUUUUGUAAUAUUAAAUUAAUAGUUAAUUAUUUCUCAGUUAAAGUGGGAGCAUGAUGUUUUUUUAAGUGUACAUAUUCCAUAAUUUCCCAGUUGUGAAAUUUGCUCCCAUGCUCAUCUUAAUAGGCAGAUAUCCUGGGCCUGUAUUCUCAGAGCGUCUCAGUAGGUCCCCCCUCUCUUAUUCCUUAUGAUUUAAAAGGCAAAACUGAUCCUAGAUCAGGACUUCUACUCUGAGACACUGUGAAAAUGGGCCCAGAAAUACGAACUUAAAAGUGUGAAUGUAUCUGGCUCUGGCUUGAUACUUAGCUGGUAUUUAUCAGUGGUGAGACAGUAUUGACUGGCCGGAUUAGGGAUCAGACCUGGUGUAUCCUUUCCACUGAGUUGUGAAACACAAGCUGGCUGUUUUUUCUUUUUCCGGAAGAGCAACAAGUGUGUUUCUCUCCUAACUGGGUCAAUAUUUCAAUAUUUUUAGAAAAUAUUUGUUGACAUUCUAGGCAAACAGACAAAGAUUAGUGGCAGAUACUGUAAAUGUAUCUGCUUAUUGAUUCGCCAUAGUUUACCAUUUGGGGUUUUCUGGUUAGGUUGUCGAAAGCCAAGUAAUGUAAAAUGCAAAUCAGAAAUGAGAAGCAUGCUUGUCAAGUGAACUUCUUAAAAGUUGUUGUUGGCUUGUGCUAUGUCUCAUACACUGUUUUCUUUCAGAUGAAGAGUCUCUUGAACUCGACUGGCUUUGGAAUCACACGAAGUUCUGUGUGCAAAACAGAAUAGUAGGAACAUGACUUUAACCCUUUUUCACCUACAGACGUUAGUUUGUUAGACUAUUUUAGUUUUAAAAAGGGUUGCUAUGGUAAUCUUUAUGUUUAUUUUAUUUAGAGGUAUGUGGGUCUUUGUCGGCAGAGAACACUCUGUUGGCUACUUUUAUCACCUCAGCUUAUUAACUUCUGUGUGAAAUCUAAACUCACUAGCGAAGCCACAGACACUCAAGAACAAAGAUCCCUUUGUUUGCCUUCAUUGAAAACCCUCAGCAUUGCAAGGAUGAAGAACAGCCCUGGCCAUAGUGAAGUAGCUAGCGUCACUAGACCUUCCAGCUUUUGAAGUAAGAUGACCUAUCCAUGAUGCCUUUUAAUGUUUCAAGAUUCUGGCAUCCAUUCAUUCAAUGAAAGUCAAAUUAAAUUGCCCUUACACUCUUCGAUUACUUUAAUAACCGUAAUGGUGGAACACAGUAUUAUACAGUUACUUCUGAUAUGAACUUUGAUAAAACAAUACUUGGCUUUCAAAUAACAAAUGUAUAAAGAAAUUAUGUAAUUAGUAUGACAUUUCCACAAAAUACAAACAAUGACAAAGACCGAACAGGCAAACUGUUAUUGACGCUUUUUAAAAGCUACCCAUCCAUGUGAAAGUUGCUUUCAUGUUCUUUGUCAUUGUUCCAGGUCACUGUUUUGCCAGUCAACUAGCCUAAUGAAUCAACAGCCCAGUAGAGUCAAUAUCUCAGGGUUGCACUAUAGUACUAUGUAUGGACAGUCCAUUACUAUAGUAUAGUACCAUGUGUGGACAGUCACUUACUCUCUCCCCACCAGCCUGUCUCAGCUAUACAUGCACUAUAUAUUUGCUAAAUAUGUAUUCCGUGUGGCAAUGACUAUGACAAUAUUAACACUACCAAAUGGUGGUUACUGUACAUACUGUGCCAGCCCCUUCAUAUGAAUGUUUUAUUCUGAAAAGUGGAUUAGUCUAUCGAAUGGUGGGUCGCCAAUAAACUUACAUACUUCUUGGUAAGUGCUACUACUUUUUAUUAGCUACAUGAAUCAAUCUUGCAUAGGUUUGUAAAUAAUGUACAAUUUGUAUAUAAAAAAUGAAGUUUCUUUGCAAAUGUUCAUUCUUUGAUAACAAAUACAUUAUUUAAUACUGUGUAACAUUUAUUUAUUUAUAUAUUUUUAAGCACAACCUAAACCACUUGUGAAUUUUAUUUAGGUUCUCCUCUAUACUUGAAAUCUGCUGGUUACUAGUACUACUGUAGGUUGAACGCUGUACAGUAGGUUGGGUGCAUGAGGUUUGACUUUUUCCCUUUAAUUUUCAUUCAUCUUUUUUCAUAUCUUGGUACAGCUGCUGAUUCUGUCCUGGUCUUGAGGAGGGGCCACAUAAGUAGCAAGCCAAACGAGCCAAACAAGUUAAAGCUGAUAAUUUGCAAAGAAAAUAUUGGUUAUAGCAAUGAUUUAUCUUUCGCGUGUUUGGUUUGUUUGACAUAUCUGUUUAAACAGGAUUUACAUACUGUACAGCAGUUUAAGUAUGGCCAUCAGAUAUGAUAUGGUCCUAUCAUAUCUGUAGUGUUUUAGCUACAAUCCUCUUAAGAGCAGCUAAGUGACUCUAACAUAGACCACCAGCUAAUAGCAAUCACUGUCUUCACUGCUCUCAGGUUUCUUCCAGCGCACCAAUAAGCUUUUUCUAAGCGAGCAGGCCACUGGUGUCCAGCUCAAGGAGUUUGUACGCAAAAAUGCAGCCAACGCUCUGUCUAUGGCAAACAUGCUCAUGGGCAUGGCCUCUAUCCUCUGCAGCCUGAAUGGGUGAGUAAACACAGCAUACAGUAUCUGAUUUUCUUUCUACAAAACCAUAGUAUAGCUAACAUAGACAGUGGCAGUGUUUUAUGUUAUUAUAGCAUACAUCUUUGUUAUAUCUGUGAGGCUUCUAUUUUUUGAAUGUUGUAUUGACGGUUGACACAAGCGCAUGUCCUGCCAAAAAAAGGCUGCGCUGUUGAGGGAAGACUGAGAUGAAUACAAGCAGCUUACUAAGGUCAGGUCGUCAGACCUUCGGCUCUAAAACAUACAGCACACAUCAAACACCACCCUUAAAGCAUUGUUAGUGUUAAAUAAUAUACUGUAUCUGAAGUGUAUAUGGCACGAAAAGCCGUAAGUAGAAGAUACAGUUUAUGAUAUCUUCUGUCAACAAAGCAGCCCUAAAUGCAAUUUAAGAUCCUACAUCGCCUCAUGUCACUCCUGUGUCUAGGGAUAGAAUUAACCCUAAUUUGGCUAGUCUUUGUAAUAGUUUCAGGGUACGGAAGGUUAAUUAAUUGUUUCUGGAAUUGGCCGUAAAAAAAAAAUUUUAGGUCCGAGGUUCUACAGGCGAUGGAUAACGUGUUUUGAAUGCUCUCUCCAGCUGGGUGCAAAGGCUUGUACACUGGGAACUAGAGAUGAGCAUUUACAGUGGGGGAAAAAAGUAUUUAGUCAGCCACCAAUUGUGCAAGUUCUCCCACUUAAAAUGAUGAGAGAGGCCUGUAAUUUUCAUCAUAGGUACAUGUCAACUAUGACAGACAAAAUGAGAUUUUUUUUUCUCCAGAAAAUCACAUUGUAGGAUUUUAAAUGAAUUUAUAUGCAAAUUAUGGUGGAAAAUAAGUAUUUGGUCAAUAACAAAAGUUUCUCAAUACUUUGUUAUAUACCCUUUGUUGGCAAUGACACAGGUCAAACGUUUUCUGUAAGUCUUCACAAGGUUUUCACACACUGUUGCUGGUAUUUUGGCCCAUUCCUCCAUGCAGAUCUCCUCUAGAGCAGUGAUGUUUUAGGGCUGUCGCUGGGCAACACGGACUUUCAACUCCCUCCAAAGAUUUUCUUUGGGGUUGAGAUCUGGAGACUGGCUAGGCCACUCCAGGACCUUGAAAUGCUUCUUACGAAGCCACUCCUUCGUUGCCCGGGAGGUGUGUUUGGGAUCAUUGUCAUGCUAAAAGACCCAGCCACGUUUCAUCUUCAAUGCCCUUGCUGAUGGAAGGAGGUUUUCACUCAAAAUCUCACGAUACAUGGCCCCAUUCAUUCUUUCCUUUACACGGAUCAGUCGUCCUGGUCCCUUUGCAGAAAAACAGCCCCAAAGCAUGAAGUUUCCACCCCCAUGCUUCACAGUAGGUAUGGUGUUCUUUGGAUGCAACUCAGCAUUCUUUGUCCUCCAAACACGACGAGUUGAGUUUUUACCAAAAAGUUCUAUUUUGGUUUCAUCUGACCAUAUGACAUUCUCCCAAACUUCAGACGGGCCUGGACAUGUACUGGCUUAAGCAGGGGGACACGUCUGGCAAUGCAGGAUUUGAGUCCCUGGCGGAGUAGUGUGUUACUGAUGGUAGGCUUUGUUACUUUGGUCCCAGCUCUCUGCAGGUCAUUCACUAGGUCCCCCCGUGUGGUUCUGGGAUUUUUGCUCACUGUUCUUGUGAUCAUUUUGACCCCACGGGGUGAGAUCUAGGGAGAUUAUCAGUGGUCUUGUAUGUCUUCCAUUUCCUAAUAAUUGCUCCCACAGUUGAUUUCUUCAAACCAAGCUGCUUACCUAUUGCAGAUUCAGUCUUCCCAGCCUGGUGCAGGUCUACAAUUUUGUUUCUGGUGUCCUUUGACAGCUCUUUGGUCUUGACCAUAGUGGAGUUUGGAGUGUGACUGUUUGAGGUUGUGGACAGGUGUCUUUUAUACUGAUAACAAGUUCAAACAGGUGCCAUUAAUACAGGUAACGAGUGGAGGACAGAGGAGCCUCUUAAAGAAGAAGUUACAGGUCUGUGAGAGCCAGAAAUCUUGCUUGUUUGUAGGUGACCAAAUACUUAUUUUCCACCAUAAUUUGCAAAUAAAUUCAUUAAAAAUCCUACAAUGUGAUUUUCUGGAUUUUAUUUUCUCAAUUUGUCUGUCAUAGUUGACGUGUACCUAUGAUGAAAAUGACAGGCCUCAUCUUUUUAAGUGGGAGGACCUGCACAAUUGGUGGCUGACUAAAUACUUUUUUUCCCCACUGUAACUACAAAUAUAUUCUGCUGUGGCAAUCUUAUAAGGCUCCCUCAAGAAGUCAAUGGGAACAAAGGAUCAUUGAUUUAAUUCCCAAUGAGGCUUUCUCUACAGCAUUGAAAAAUAAGCCUUAACAAUUAUUUAAGAUGUGGGACCCCUUUCUGAACUACCUUGGCUAAAACAAAGCCCACAUUUAAUUUCAGGACUGCCUGGCCUGGUGUGACUCUGUUACUUGAAAGUUAUCCUACUCUACAGUACAUUCGGAAAGUAUUCAGACCCCUUGACUUUUUCCACGUUACCUUACAGCCUUAUUCUAAAAUGGAUUAAAUCCCCCCCCCCCCCAAAUAAAUUCAUAAAAAAUCCUACAAUGUGAUUUUCUGGAAUUUUAAAUACUUUUUUCCCCCACUGUAGCUAAGGAUCUGAGUACUUACAUAAGGUAUCUGUUUUUUUAUUUUUAAUAAAUUUGCAAAAUCAUCUAAACCUGUUUUCGCUUCGUCAUUAUGGGGUAUUGUGUGUAGAUUGAGAGAGAGAUGAUUUAAUCAGUUUUAGAAUAAGGAUGUAAUGUGGAAAAAGUCAAGGGGUCUGAAUACUGAAUGCACUGUAUGUAGUACUCUUUUCACAUACUUGACCUCUGUGAUUGUGUAGUCUGGUGCUUGUGUGGCUAUUAUCUGCAUAAAUCCAUUUGAAUUCAAUCACUUUUUGACAGCACCCCAUUUGACUUGAACAAAACCUUCCAUACAUAUUUGCCUGUUGUAGAAGGAAAUGGAAAAUAAACACUUGAGAUUUAAUAGCUUACAAACAGAGUUGUCAAAGCAUUUUAUAAUUUGUGGGGAUUUUAAAUAAAUAAGAAUUGACUUUUUUUUUAAAUAUAUAUAUUUUUUAAACAUAAAUUAGCAAUCUAUGUGGGAAAUAAAAUAGCUUCACAACACUGUUUGUAAGCUUUGAAAUUAUAUAAAACUCAACCAUUUAUCUUGUCCAGUGAUGAAGACAUGGAUGUCUCAUGGUAUUGGGGGGGUAUGCAAAAUGGGUGAACUUUGAGCACCUUUUAUCUCCUGAAUGUUUUGGUAUUCAGGGCCAAAAAGUCACUUUCUGACCACUUGUUCCAUGGGCAAACGUGUAAGGAAAGUUUUGUAUAAAUAAAAAGGGAUGCUGUCAAAUGACUUCAGAUGGAUUUAUUGAUUUUUAAUGGUCGUUUAAAAAAAUAAUUGUUUUGUCUGUUUAUUUUUGUAUCUGUAAGUUGUCUCCCGAGUGGCGCAGUGGUCUAAGGCACUGCAUCGCAGUGCUAGCUGUGCCACUAGAGAUCCUGGUUCGAAUCCAGGCUCUGUCGUAGCCGGCCGCGACCGGGAGACCCAUGGGGCGGCGCACAAUUGGCCCAGCGUCGUCCAGGGUAGGGGAGGGAAUGGCCGGCAGGGGAUGUAGCUCAGUUGGUAGAGCAUGGCGUUUGCAACGCCAGGGUUGUGGGUUCGAUAAAAUAAUGUAUGUGCUAACUGUAAGUCGCUCUGGAUAAGAGCGUCUGCUAAAUGACUAAAAUGUAAAUGUAAAAUGUUAUGCUCUUUAUUCCCCUGUUAGUUUUUUAGCCAUGUUUUCUUGUAUGAUAUUUGUGUGGUUUUCUUACUCUGUAAAAGCCACAAGUUAAUACAAAAAGCAGCUCUUGGUGGGACAUUGCUGUAAGUGCAGUGGUAAUAAACAAGUAAUCCAUAGGUUACUGUGUAAAUACGGUUGUAUCAUGUAAUGUCUUAGUAUUGUCAUUUUCUGUUUUGUAAAACUGCAACCCAACAUUUUACCCUCCUAUUGCAGCCACCAACAUGCUGCCUGCUGGCUGGUCCUGAUUGGCUACCUGCUGGAUUUGGCAGACGGGGCAGUUGCCAGGCAACUGGAUGCAUGCUCUGCACUAGGUGAGUGGAUUGGUGUCCAUUACCUCUGGCAAGGGCUAAACUUCAACUGACACUGAUGAUUCACUAGCCUGAAACAUGUUAGUUAUGACGAGGACUAUGAGAGGGCAAGACAGCACAAACAGGUCUGGGAUCAGGAGAGUGAUGCACACAACCCAGCCCUCUACUACUGGCACUGGUCAUUAUAGCUGAUGGCUCAAAUGGCCUAAUGGGCAAUGGUUAUUCCUUAAAAGACACAAAAGGAGCCAUGUAUAAUUCAGGGAAGAUAAUUUACAGACCUACAGUGCAUUCGGAAAGUAUUCAGACCCCUUUACUUUUUCCACAUUUUGUUAUGUUACAGCCUUAUUCUAAAAUCAAUUAAAUACAUUUUCCCCUCAUCAAUCUACAUGCAAUACCCUAUAAUGACAAAGCGAAAACAGGUUUGUAGACAUUUUUGGAAAUGUAUUACAAAUAAAUAAAAAACAGAAACCUUAUUUAUGUAAGUAUUCAGAUCCUUAACUAUAAGACUCGAAAUUGAGCUCAGGUACAUCCUGUUUCCAUUGAUCAUCCUUGAUGUUUCUACAACUUGAUUUGGAGUCCACCUGUGAUAAAUUCAAUUGAUUGGACAUGAUUUGGAAAGGCACACACCUGUCUCUACAAGGUCCCUCAGUUGACAGUCAUGUCAGCAAAAACCAAGCCAUGAUGUCGAAGGAAUUGUCCGUAGAGCGCCGAUACAGGAUUGUUGAGGCACAGAUCUGUGUAAGGGUACCAAAACAUUUCUGCAGCAUUGAAGGUCCCCAAGAACACAGUGGCCUUUAUCAUUCUUAAAUGGAAGAAGUUUGGAAACACCAAGACUCUUCCUAGAGCUGGCCGCCCGGCCAAACUGAGCAAUCAGGGUAGAAGGGCCUUUGUCAGGGAGGUGACCAAGAACCCGAUGGUCACUCUGACAGAGCUCCAGAGUUCCUCUGUGGAGAUGGUUGUCCUUCUGGAAGGUUCUCCCAUCUCUGCAUUACUCCACCAAUCAGGCCUUUAUGGAAGUGGCCAGACGGAAGCCACUCCUCAGUAAAAGGCACAUGACAGCCCACUUGGAGUUUUCCAAAAGGAACCUCAAGGACUCUCAGACCAUGAGAAACUAGAUUCUCUGGUCUGAUAAUCAAAAUUGAACUCUUAGGCCUGAAUGCCAAGUGUCACAUCUGGAGGAAACCUGGUACCAUCCCUACGGUGAAGCAUGGUGGUGGCAGCAUUAUGCUGUGGUGACGUUUUUCAGCGGCAGGGACUGGGAAGACUAGUCAGGAUCGAGGGAAGAUUAACAGAGCAAAGUACAGAGAUCCUUGAUGAAAACCUGCUCCAGAGACCUCAGGACCUCAGACUGGGGCGAAGGUUCACCUUCCAACAGGACAACAACCCUAAGCGUACAGCCGAUACAAUGCAGGAGUGGCUUCAGGACAAGUCUCUGAAUGUCAUUGAGUAGCCCAGCCAGAGCCCGGACUUGAACCCGAUCAAACAUCUCUGGAGAGACCUGAAAAUAGCUGCGCAGCGACGCUCCCAAUCCAACCUGACAGAGCUUGAGAGGAUCUGCAGAGAAGAAUCGGAGAAACUCCCCACAUACAGGUGUGCCAAGCUUGUAGUGUCAUACCCAAGAAGACUCGAGGCUGUAAUCGCUGCCAAAGGUGCUUCAACAAAGUACUGAGUAAAGGGUCUGAAUACUUAUGUAAAUGUAAUAUCGCUUUUCUGUGUGUAGAUUGAGGAAGGACAAACAAUUUUAAUUAAUUUUAGAAAAGGCUGUAAUGUAACAAAAAGUGGGAAAAGUUAAGGGGUCUGAAUACUUUCCGAAUGCACUGUACAUGCAUAUUUUACAGAGGUAGAAGACGAUCAGCAUAAACAAAUGGUUAUUCCGCUGUCCCAAUGGGAGAACCCUUUUGGUUCCAGGUAGAACCAUGUUGGGUUCCAUGUAGAACCCUUUCCACAGAGGGUUCUACAUGGAACCCAAAACAGUUUAUAUUUUUUACCUGGAACCAAAAAGGGUUCUCCUGUGGGGAUAGCCAUAUAGCUAAGUGACAGCAGGUUGCAUACUGCAAUAAGUUUGGACCAAACUGGUUUUCCUUACAAAGACCCCAUUUUAAAAACAUUCUUGAAUGAAAGGGAGAAUCCAAAGGGCACUUAAGUGACAGCAAACCAAACAAAAUCGAAUCUCGUUGCAGUAAGUGUACUUGCUGUCAAUUUGCUGUGCUGAGCUGCUUCUGUCUCUGUAUGUAGUUCAGUAAAUUAUCUUCUCUGCAUUGCACUGGUUCCAUGUCUUUGUUGAAUUCUCUCUGCCGUAGACUGUUGUGUAUUAUUAGGAAAUGGCCUAGCUAACGAUUCAAUAUAAAAAAAAAUAAAGCUGUUGAUUUUUAAGCAAACUCCUAUUGUACCCGACACAGCACAUUCUCAAAUGAUGAUAUGAUGUAUUAAAAAGGCACAUACAGGUGGCUUUGUACAUAACGACCUCCUGUGUGCAGAUAGUCACGUCUACACUACCAUGCAUCCCACGGCUGCCUGAAAUAGCUCCCAGCAGGUGCACCACAAUGCAUCGUCACCCGGAUAUUUCAGGGGCUUUGUGUCCCAACAGUGUUUUUCUGCAUGACUUUGCAGGUGGGUGUUGUUGUGCCCCCGUUUUUUGUGUCAAUUGAACUUUCACUUUCCGAAUAAGCAGUCUGAAUCGGGGGAUCAUGCUCCAAUUGUCUGUUUUAUCCCAAUGCUUUGGGACCUCAGCAUAUCUGAAAUUGCUAAAAUUGUUGACCCCUGUGCUGUGGAAUUCCAUCCCGUUCUUUGGAGCUGGGGUCAGAAUCACCUCCUGCUCGUCGCUCGGUGACAACAUGCUCCCUGCUCUGGGGGGACAAAUAGACUGUGAAUUUUGGGAAUGUUGUUUACAGAGGAAAGUGGCAGGCCUGUUAGGCUGACACUGACAUUUCCACUACAGAUAGACCCUUUCUACAAACAAUAACACGCACACAGGAAAGGGAGAAGUAGGCCAUUGGCAUAAACAAGAUUAGAUCAACUUGUUUUGUCUUAUGUUAGCAGUGAACUAGCCUCACAGCAGUAGCAUGUUGACAUUAAUCUGAUCUGUGUGACAAGUCAUGAGACAAAUGUAUAACUAGUCACUUCCUGUCUUUCCUCUCUGGUUCAGGUGCUAAACUGGAUGAUUUUGCAGAUUUCACAACCUUUGGGAUUGCAACUUCAUUGCUCCUGAGGACACAUGCCUUAAUGGACAACAUCCUGUGCAUGUGCUAUGUCCUGUCUGUGUUUGUCCGCCUCUGCUUCUUCUCCAGCGGUAAGGGGCGCAGAAAGAAAACGUGAAAUGCUAGGAUGAUGGCAUGAUCAAUUUCAGUCUAGGGAAAACAUCUUUUCAUGUAUUGUCAUUCAAAGUGCAGUCUAGGCAAAAGAAGUCUUUGGCCAUUUCAGAUUCAAAGUCUUUAUUUAGGUCCUGUCUUUCUGUGGUUAUUCUUCUCCAGGCAUCCCCUUCAUGUACCGUGGCCUGCCGUGCAUCUACUCUUCCGCCAUCCUGGCCUGUCUCUCCCUGCUGACCGGAGGUAACAUGGUGAUCCUGCGGGUCACUGCUGUGGCCAUGAUCCUCUUCAUGGUCAACCAGGGCUUCUACCCUCAUGACAGGGUCCUGGAGUCACAGGCCUGGAAGAAGGUGGUCUACGCUGGAGGUAAUACACCAGAUACAGUGUUUCUUAAUCUUGGUCCAGGGGACCCAAAGGAGUGCACAAUUUAGUUUUUGCCCUAGCACUACAUAUCUGAUUUAAUCAAAGGGUUGAUGGUGAGUUGAUUAGUGGAAUCAGGUGUGUAGUGCUAGCCUCGUACAACCAGCCUGAUCUCGCAAGCAUACAUAAAUAAUUGACUACACAGAUCAUUUAUGUAAGCUCGCAAGAUCAGGCAGGUUGUACGAGGCUAGUGUAGUGCUACGGCAAAAACAGAAAGGUUCAUCCCUUUGGGCCCCCAGACAAGGGUUAAGAAACUGCACAAGUAGAAUAGGUAGUAGAGGUGCUGAAUUAGCUCUUGAAAAUUAGAAUUCAAAUUUGUAAAAAAGGACUGAGGCUGCACAACCAAAUUAACGGCCUGUUCCGCCCCUGUCCUGCCUUGUCCCGCCCCCCUGGAAUCCUCUCCCCCAGAGUUUAACAACUGUAUCACGUUCUGCACAUGUGUUACUUUACCUUUUAGUUUACGCAUAUAUAUUUUUUUACGUAGCUGCUGCUCACCCUUCCCCUUCACGCUUCUCACUACACAAUCGUGAAUGAGAAUUCUUCACGUUUUAAUACUGAAACAUCCAUGCAGCAUCUGCAUGCCAACCAUUUUCAUGGGAAUAGGCAUUUAGAUAUUCUUGAAUUAUGUACAGUGUUUCGUGAGCGACUUUUUAAAGCAGAUGGUGUUAAACUAUCUUAUCAGUGUUUUGUUUCAAUCAAAGCACAUAUUUUGCUAAAAUCUUAUAAAUUAGGUGGAUGUUUUUGUCUUACAGUAACGUUAUACUGUUAUAGUUGGUUCUUUAUGUAGAAUACUAAUUAAUCGUAAUCUUGCAGACAUUGAUUCAGCUUUGAUCUAACUUUAUUAAACAAGCACCAUUCUCCAUUCCAAGGUUAUUAUAGUUUUGUGUUUUAAUAUUAGAUUUGAUGGAAACAUCCUGUUUUUUUUUAUUUAUUUAGGUAAUUUUCAGUUAAUUUUCUAUUCAGUUUUAGUUUGAUAAACAUUCCUAUUUCAUUUUUAUGUAAUUCAGUUUUGGUGUUUGGGACAGAAAGUAGCCUGCAUGUAGGUUCUAGUUCUUUCCUGUUAGCUAGUGAUAGCUAGUAGUCUAGGAAAUCCUAGAGCAACAACACUAGGUCUGAGGAGGAUGUUGGAUUCUCUUGGAUAUUUCAACAACAACAAAUUCCGGGGAGGUUCUUCUUCAGACCGACAACUCUCCCAACAAAUCACGAGUUUGGGUAGGCGGGCCAAGCCUGAAAAAUCUAACACUUUCCGUAGCCUGUAGACAGACAUCUCAUAAUGUUGAGAUUUGAAACCAAAGUUUUCAGGCAAAACCUUUGCAGUGGUUUUAGUGGCGGUAGAUGAUGCAAACUAGCCACUUGCGAAAUGCGCUCAUUAAAAAUAACCUCUGCAUUCUCCAUCUCGCUAGCUAGCCAGCUACUACGUUGUGUCCGGCGAGGAUGUUGACGCUAGGCCGUGACAUCACCGGAUAAGGCAGUGACGCUCUUCCCUGUUCCAUAGAGAUGUGUAUAUAGAGCUCAUUCCAUGGAAAUAACCCAUUUUUGCAUGGACAUUGCCAUUUGAGGACUUUCACCAUUUAAGUAGUCAACUGAGUGGGACUUCCUAUGGCUUAAGGAAGUAUCACAUAAUUCCAUCCAGGUCAUCAGGAGGGAUCAGCCAAUGAAUUAUACUUGUGCGCAAACAUUCUGUAACUGGAGGUGGCGGUCCAUCACCAUCUAGCGCAACCCUUAGAACCUCCCCUAAGUGUGCUGCAUCCAGGGGCCGGUAUUGUCUUUGUGUGCAACAAAGACAAUUCGGUUAGCUUGUGCAAAAUGGAUAUUCUCUUUCUCGAAAUAAACUGCCUAUUCUUGCCAAUUCACAGAUGCUUUUGUAGUAUCUUCUAAGAAGAGUUCAACACUUUUCGCAAACUGCCAGUGGCAAGCCAGCUCCCAGAGAUUGGUCCAACAAUCUCCUCCAGUGCUUUACAGUAGUCGUAGCGUUCUACAUCAUUGCCAUUUGUACGAAAAAUAUUGUGUUUGUACUUUUUACUGGGAUCGUGUUCUGCACAACCACAACAUACAUAAUUCUGCCUUUGAUGGCAUCUUUACUUUUUCUAUUUGAAGACAGUGUACAUCACUUAACAGGUUGGCUAGCAGAGUUACACUGGCUAGCUAUUAGCAUGAACAUGUUCCUACUACCUCGGGUUCCAUGGAAUUAUUUCAGCAUAAUUCAUUUUACAGAUGCAAAAAGAUCCCACCUUGUCUAGCCUAUUUCGUUUUGUCGACAUUUGGAAAGUUUACUGAAAAACUUUUUCCAUCAGGCCUAUCAUGACUUAUUUUUUUUAUCCCCACAUAAAAAGGUUGGAUGGAAACCUGGUUAAUGUCAACAUGCCCGUCAAUUCAAGUGAUCAGUCUGCUGCACAUUGGGUACUGUGUGUGGGCGGUAAAUUCAAUUAGUUUAUUAUAGUUACAACAAUUAGGUGAAGUUUCUACACCAGACAAAGACAUCCGAUCAUGUGUGGGUGAGUGAGAACAGGAGGAAAGGAAGAGGAGCAGAGGGCGCAACAGCUACAUAAAAAUACAUCUGUAAAGUAGAAGGUUCGGUUGUUUACCUAUUGGGAAAUGGCAACUAGCCACUGUAAAAAAAAACUUUUCUGGGAUAAAUAAAAUGGCUACACUUGUUUUAAACAAUUCAUCAAAAAAUUGGUUUUUGGUCCUGUGAAAUCUAUUGGAAUGUUGAUACCAGGGGCCUCAUUUUAUAAACCGUGCGUACGUUAAAAAAAAUAUACCCCAAAAUGUUCGUGCCCCUUUUUUCCCACAAGUUGGCAUUUAUAAAAACAGAACUUGAUGUGAGAAUGUCCUUUCUCCACGCACAUUUUAGACCAUGCGUACGCACAUCUUCUAGUGGUUGACAUGUUGUAUUGCAAGCAGGCCUAAGUAUUAUUUGUAAAUGGGGGAUAUUAUGACAAGACGCAGCCAUUGGCUGUUAGUGAGAAGAGCAAACCAUUUUAUUUUAUUUCUUUAUCUAAAAUAAUUAGACCGAGGAAUCUAUUUACUAUAGAUUUAUUUUCAUAACCAUUGCAGAAUAAAUUCCUCACCUUUUCUGGCCAUGAUGGGUUCAUAUUCCUGAAGUAGCCAUAAAACAAAUUACUAUGCACAUCUCAUUUAAUUGGCCCAUGUAUUUCAAGUUUCUCUGUGAUCACAUAGGCAACGCCGUUUAUUGCCUACAGACAGUUGAUAUUUUACUUUGUAGUAGGCCUAUGUAUGCUACUACUGUAUUGUCAUUGGCCAUGUUUCGGGGUGGAGCUCAUAAGAGUAAUACUCCGCAUGCUUUGCAAUUGUUGAUUUUUACAUUUACAUGUAGUUAUUUAACAGAUGCUCUUAUCACACCUUAGUGCCAUCAGACUUUUGAAACUAAUGUAGGGUGAAAGGGGGCCACAAAAUUGGGAACCGCUGUAAAGAAAUGGUAUAGAAAAGUAUUUUGAAAUUACAGCUUUGAAAGUAUCUUGUUAAAAAAUACAUAUAAAAAUACAAUACAGUGAAGUUCAGCCCAGCAUAAUACAAAAUACUCAGAAGUAAUUAAAAUAUGUAUUUCAAAUACAUGUAACAGAAAUACUGCCCAUCUCUGUAGGCAGCAUGCAUGUUUAGUUUGAAAAAGUUACUGCAAAAUAUCAAAACAUUCUGCCCACACCUCUACAGAAAUGUGAUCAAAUAUGCCAUUGUUCUUUUACAAACUGCUGUGACCUAAUUCUAAUAGUGCUAAAUUAUACACCAUAAAAGGUGGAGGGUGGAGUUUUGAUGCUUAUUCACGCACGCACAGUUUUACGACAGGUAUACAUGGGAAACAUGCAUGAAUGGCUUGCGUCAAGUUUAUACAUCAAUUUUUUUGACGUACGUAUUCUUUUCAGAAAUGGCACAUUCAGAUAUUUAGUGUGAAAUUUACACAACCGUUAUAAAUGACGCCUCAUUUAGCAACCGUGCGUACAUUUCUUACUAAAUUAUGGCGUACGUGGAGAUUCUAGCAAUAUGCAGUACCAGUCAUAGGUUUGGACAACUACUCAUUCAAGGGUUUUUAUUUUAUUUUUACUAUUUUCUACAUUGUAGAAUAAUAGUGAAGACAUCAAAACUAUGAAAUGACACAUAUGUAAUCAUGUAGUAACCAAAAAAGUGUUAAACAAAUCUAAAUAUUUGAGAUUCUUCAAAUAGCCACACUUUGCCUUGAUGACAGCUUUGCACACUCCUGGCAUUCUCUCAACCAACUUCACCUGGAAUGCUUUUCCAACAGUCUUGAAGGAGUUCCCACAUAUGCUGAGCACUUGUUGGCUGCUUUUCCUUCACUCUUCAGUCCAACUCAUCCCAAACCAUCUCAAUUGGGUUGAGGCUGGGGGAUUGUGGAGGCAAGGUCAUCUGAUGCAGUGCUCCAUCACUCUCCUUCCCUUCUUUGUCAAAUAGCCCUUAAACAGCCUGGAGGUGUGUUGGGUCAUUGUCCUGUUGAAAAACACUAAGUGCAAACAAGAUUGGAUGGUGUAUCGCUGCAGAAUGCUGUGGUAGCCAUGCUGGGUAAGUGUGCCUUGAAUUCUAAAUAAAUCACACAGUGUCACCAGCAAUGCACCAUCACACCCCCUUCUCCAUGCUUCACGGUGGGAACCACACAUGCGGAGAUCAUCCGUUCACCUACUCUGCGUCUCACAAAGACACAGCAGUUGGAACCACAAAUCUCAAAUUUGGACUCCAGACCAAAGGACAGAUUUCCACUGGUCUAAUGUCCAUUGCUCAUGUUUCUUGGCCCAAGCAAGUCUCUUCUUCUUAUUGGUGUCCUUUAGUAGUGGUUUCUUUGCAGCAAUUCAAUCUUGAAGGCCUGAUUCACGCAGUCUGUUACUUAAACUCGGAAGUGUUUAUUUGGGCUGCAAUUUCUGAGGCUGGUAACUCAAAUGAACUUAUCCUCUGCAGCAGAGUUAACUCUGGGUCUUUCUUUCCUGUGGCGGUCCUUUUGACAGCCAGUUCCAUCAUAGCGCUUGAUGGUUUUUGCGACUGCACUUGAAGAAACUUUAAAAGUUCUUAAUGUUCCGGAUUGACCUUCAUGUCUUAUAGUAAUGAUCUACUGUUGUUUCUCUUUGCUUAUUUGAGCUGUUCUUUGCUAUAAUAUGGACUUAGCCCUAUUUGGUAAAAGACCAUCUUCUGUAUACCAAUCCUACCUUGUCACAACACAACUGAUUGGCUCCAACGCAUUAAGAAGGAAAGAAAUUCCACAAAUUAACUUUUAACAAGGCACACCUGUUAAUUGAAAUGCAUUCGAGGUGACUACCUCAUGAAGCUGGUUGAGAGAAUGCCAAGAGUGUGCAAAGCUGUCAUCAAGGGUGACUACUUUGAAGAAUCUCAAAUAUAAAAUAUAUUUUGAUUUGUUUAACAUAUUUUUGGUUACUACAUGAUUCCAUAUGUGUUAUUUCAUAGUUUUGAUGUCUUCACUAUUAUUCUACAAUGUAGAAAAUAGUAAAAAAAAGAAACCCUUGAAUGAGUAGGUGUGUCCAAACCUUUGACUGGUACUGUAUGUGCAUGUCUUCAUUGAUAAAUCAGAGCCAUAUUAUAGUUGUGCGCUCGUUAACGAGCGCUACAACCCCGCCUGGAAAACACCCCCCCAUUCACCUUUUUUAUGCAAACAAAAACGCCCUCAUUUGCUGUAUGCUUUGGAAAUGUUGGAACUUCGCUAUGUCUGUUUCUUAAAAAAAAUCGGAAAAUAGCAAAUUGGAUCACAUUUCUGUAGAGGUGUGGGUAGAAUGUUUUAAUCUUUUGUAGUGACUUUUUCACCACAAAAAAUGCAUGCCACCUAUAGCGAGUGCCAAAUACUGGCUGCUUAUUAUGCAAGAUUGAUUUGUCUAUCGAAGAAUUUAAACGUAAAUGCUGCCUACUGCCCACACUCCUUUACUUUCGAGCAUGGUUGGCUAUUGAAUGAGCAAUGGAUAAAUGGUAGCCUAAUUAUUGUAUAGUGGGAAUAAACCAGUCAUGUCAGAAAAGGAGUGACAUGAUUUAUGAUUUAGGACUAAUAAAAGUCAAAUCAAUAUAUUAGGCGACAUGCUGCUAUGCGAUCUUAUCAAAGGCAAAUUCAUCAAUUUUAUCAUUAGGCUUACUUUAAUGUUUUUAGCCUACCAUUAUUAUAAUUCCUGUGCAAAUGCCUCCAUCUCCCCAAAAAUAAGUAUUUUCUUGCAAUACAGAGAUUUGUGUGGAGAUAUGCAUACUUUCCCGUCAAGUUCAACAUUUAUAAAUACCAACCUUUGUGGGGACAACUUGCGCACGCAAGGUUGUCUUUUUGUGCGCAAGCACCUUUGAUAAAUGAGGCCGCAGGUACUUUAAGCAUACGAGCAGUAAUAAGAAUCCUCCAGAAUAAGGUCUUAGAGGGCAAUUCCACUACUUUCCAACCUAAUUUAUAUUAUCUCCUGCACAAUACCAGUGUCUACAUAUGUGAACUGUGCAUUUCUAUGUUUUUGUAGAUAUAUAUAUAUUUUUUUUCAUGUUCUACCCAAUGACAUCGUUAAAACAUUUUAAAAGCACUGAUUUUUCAAACACAAUAACCCUAACCCACUGACUUGGGGAGCAAGAAAAUACCCUGUGGCUAGAAACUCGUUGCAGGUUUUGAAAAUCCCUGUUAAAAAACGUUUAAUCCUACCAUGUGAAGUCAUAAAGAAGCAUUUUCUUAGGACCUUAUCUUUUUAACCACAGAUUAUAGAAACUGCUUUUUUUAUGUAGACACUGGUUUGGUGCUGGAGAUAAUUAGAGUGGUGGAAAAGUGGUGGAAUUGCCCUUUUAAAUCUAAAUGAAAGGUUUCUAAAGUUUCAUGUUUCAGAUCACAAAAAUCCAGCCAUGAAAAAGGGUAGGCUAUUCAUUAGGUAGGCUAUUCAUCUCAUUUUUCUUUUCCUGUUUUGUUUUGCAGGAGUUGUCAUGGUGUUCUGUCCCUCUUUCCCUCCGGCAUGUGUGUACUACCUGUUGUGGUCUGUCUCCUACAUUUUGUUCCCAACAUCUCUUUGGAGUUGCAAAGUGUAGGAGUUAAAGGCCUUGCUCCAAACUCACACAUGGCUUGUCAACAGGCCGUCCGGCGGGGUUAACUAAAGCUCCCAGACUGCUGCUGCUAGCUAUCCACAGCGGAUCGAAAAAGGACGUAAGAGGACGUUUUAAUGUUUUUGUAAGAUUGAACUGCCUUUUCGUCGACCACUUGAUGGAUAAU